AUGGGUCAUAAUGGUGUUGCUGUGAAUGAUGUCGCGAAAGUAAAGAGAGGCGUCAGUACAGUCAUUUACACAGUCCAGACUACGGGGACGUUCUAUUAUGACGGCACGUAUACAUUGAUCACGGCUGCCCCAACGAAUUUCGAAGUCAGUGAGACUACUGCUACAAACAGCUUAUCCUCCACGACUGCGUCCUCUACUUCGUCAUCCUCCACCACCUCAUUUUCCUCUGCCUCAUUGUCAUCCACCUCAUCGUCUCCUCUCAGCAGCAUCUCGGUUGCUAGAUCUCGUCCUUCUCAUAGCUCUACUUCUUCGUCUGGGAUAUCAGCUGGAGAGACAGCAGGUAUCAGCAUUGGUACUUUCAUCGCCGGUCUUGCUCUCGCGCUACUGGGCUUUUGGUUCUGUAUGAAUCGCCGCAAGCACUCCCAAGGCCAUCGAUCUCGGAAGUCUCACGACAAUAAUACAUACGAUGGCGAUAAACAAGGAAUCUCCCAAACAUCUACUCGGGAAGAAACUCUUCUGGACCCUGUUGACGACAGUACGUUGAAGAGCACAAUGGCAAAGCUCAACAGCUUCAUUGAUCAGCACGUUCUCAGUCACUAUCACGAAGAUCCAAUCCAGAUUUCCCAGCGUCAGCUUGCUCAAGCAAUAAUCGACCGCAGGAGCAAGAAUGCCCUUGGAGACAUGUCUCCCGAUGAGCUUGCCAGCCUUAUGAUCGCUCCAGCGACACGACUCCAUGCCAUUCGACACUUUGUCGCUUGGGUCAUUUUGUCGCAUACUGGUCUCGACGCUCAGCCAGAUGCGUGCUUGUUGCCUCGCUACAUUGUCACAUUUUACAAUGCAUUUCCGCCUAUUGAAAGACAAGCUGGUUGCGAAGAAGCCUUUGAAUGCGCUCUUUCACAGUGGAAACAUUUGAGUGCAUUCUUACUUGUGCCCAAUCGCUCGUUCCGCGAAGAUCCAAAAGUGGACGAAACUCAAGUCCGCUCAGCAAUCGACGUGAAUCUCAAAGCCUUCAAUCACGUACUUGCUCCCUUCGUGAUUAACGGACCAGUGAACAACCACGAUUGGGAGAAGAAUCUCCGCGCAAUUGUUUUUGCAGGCGCAGAAUUGGGCUUGACACUAUUCUCGCAACAGAGUGCAUGGGUGUUUGACUGGAAACACCACGGUAGGUCUGAGGCUGUGGUCGUGUUUCCGGCGCUUUUGGAGAAGGUCAAAGGGCGGUCUAAAUUGAGAAUUGUUUCUGAGGCUGUGAUGGCUUGAAAGGGUGCUCCUACUUCCUUGAUUUCGAUAUUUUGUGGCAAUAUUAUCAAUGAGUGGCUUAAUCAUAUGAUAUUUUUGCUUUUUCUCCAACCUUGAGAUGAAUCUGUGGUUCGACAAUGAAACGCGGGGGAAACGCCAUGCCAAUGUCUUAGGCUGACUGGUGACCGAUCGGGAGACUCUGAGAGGCUGCUCGUCUAUGAAGGUUAUUGCUUUUGCCGAGUUGGAACCCACAAGCCGCACUCUCAUCACCAGCUGCAAAG